AAAGAUGAUAAAAUGAUGAUGAAGAUAAGCCUUGGGAGCCAUUUCCAUGGAAUCCAGAAAAAUUGUAUCAACAACAUAAAAUUCAUAGUUACUAGCAGUUUCUGGGAUAAUCAGAAGAAGCAUUUUAAUCAAGCUGACCAGUUGAAUAUUAAAAAUAUGUGUUAACCGAUUUAAAUACAAUUGCAAAUCAAAUGGGAUGCUGUUCAUCAUCGCCAUACAAAAUAUGUUGCUCUCGAAACAAUCAAGAGACAAUAAGGUUGAUGACUUUUGGAUUAGAUGGAGCUGGUAAAACAUCAUUCGUAAAAUAUAUAUUGAAAGAUUCUUCAAGUGACAUUGUACCUACAAUCGGGUUUUCAUCGGUUGAUUUGAAAAAUUUUCAAAAAUUUAACGUUCAAGUGUAUGAUACUGGCGGUGGUAAAAACAUUAGAGACAUUUGGAUUAACUAUUUUCCGUUUAUUCAUGGAUUAGUUUUGGUGAUUGAUUCAGCUGAUACCAAAAGGAUUGAUCAGGUUAAAGAGAUUCUAGAAUCAGUUGUUUCCAAUCGUCGAAUCCAAGGGAAGCCUCUUCUUGUGUUAAUCAACAAACAAGAUGUUGAAGGUGCAAUGGAUGAAAAUGCUUUGGUUACCGCAAUCAAUCUCAAUUCAAUUGUCAACAAAUAUAAAAUUCCCACAAGAGUUGAAUCUUGCUCAUUAAUCAAUCGGUGGUCAAACAGAUUUGCCAAUAAUCCUUUAUUGGAUCGAGGCUAUCAAUGGUUACUUGGAUAUAUACAAUCUAACUGGGCUGAUCUGUCCAAAAGAGUUGAAAUUGAAACCAGCGAACAAAUCAAACUUGAAAAGGAAGUAAUGAGAAAGAGAAUCGAAAAAUUUCGCCAUCAGUCGAUUCUGGAUGACCAAAAGAACCGUGAAAAUCAAAUAAAGGAAAAUUUAGCUGCAACAGAAGCUCAAGAAUUAAUAUUGGAAAAUGUUGAGACAAGUGAUGAGGCAGAUGAUGAUGAAGGCACAAUCAACGGUGAAACUGGUGAAACAGAAAUAAUUGAGGAGAAAGUAAUUGUCCAAAGAAGGAUCAGCAUCAAUGAACCAAAGGAAAGGACAAUUCUUAUAUUCGGAAGUCUCGAUCAGUUGGACAGGAUUGUCGAAGAGGAUGUGAAUAAUAAAGAAGCCGAUCAAGAAACUGUUAAUAAUCAAAGUAUCAUACAAAAAGAAAACAAAAGACCAAAAUCUUCUUCUUAUGGGGAAAGACGAAACUCUAAUACAAAGUUAACCAUCAGUCGUAAUAAAAUUGCACCUUUGUAAUGAUAAUCUUGCGGUUGUCUUCAUAAUUUUAUAUCAAUCAAUUAGCUUCAGUGCAAUAAAUUGAACAUUUCUGCUCA